AUGAUCAAACCUGUUCCGGGUGACAAGAUUUUAAACUUUAUUGACAUUGUGAGCGACCUGCCCCAAGUUGUCGACAUCACCAGCCUUCAAGUAGGCUCCACAGACGUUGGCGAGACCUCAGUUUUCUCCUGCGUGAAAGGUUUCGACUUCCUCUUGUCCCAAACGUAUGAAUACGUGGAGCGGAUAUGGCGCUUUAUCCAUGUGAAGAAAGCUCAAUUUUCCUCUCCACGUUUACACACGAAGCGAGAUCUCAGGGUCUUAGCCACGUCAUCAAAAACAGAGAAGAGAUGUCGACUAGAUGCUGAUCGUGGGCCCUGCAAGGCGUACAACCCCCGGUGGUUUCAUAACUUUACCAGUGGGGAGUGUGAAGAAUACAUUUAUGGCGGCUGUCGCGGGAACGCCAACAGAUUUGCUAACAAGAAAGCCUGCACAGAUGCAUGCAAGAGAGUACUCCCAAAAGCAUGCACGCUGCCCAGCACAGAAGGUGUCUGCAGAGCCGGUUACGACAGAUGGUAUUUCAAUGAAACACUCAGCGAGUGCAAGAAAUUUGAUUAUGGAGGAUGUGGAGGUAACAGUAACGGGUUCAACACGAAAAAAGAGUGCAGGGACUUUUGCAUACGAAAGAAACAACCUGCAGGAGGUUCUGGAAAGAAGCCCGACAAUGAGAGGCGCCCCAAGCCUAAGAACCCGAAGAAUGGAGGGUCCGCUCGGGGAAAAUCGAAGCAGAGCGCAUGAGGCUCUUAUCAUGACGAAUUGUAAUGUGAA